AAUGACAUUUGGAAAUCAUUUGUUUUUGUCUACAAUCGCUCGCGCAAAUUGUGCUUGUUUGAAUGUCGACGUGUUUUAAAUUCAGUUUUUGCUAAUUAAAAACCUCACCUUUGUUCAUUGCCAGUUGAUUUUAAUCCAUAUUGUAGCUGGCGCCAAACUUGUGCCGGUCAAUACUUUGAAACCUACCCGAACAGCACCGGAUUUAUUUGUGAGACUUGAAGACAAGCAGACUCAAAAUUCCACGUAUGGAGGAGAAACUGAAGGAAUACCGCGCUCUUCGCCGUCGCAAACAGUUGAUAAACGAAGCCAAGGAGAAAUUGGAAGCAGGGAGGCAGAAAAUAGUCGAUAUGUUGGUGCCUAAUGCUUUUAAAGACAUGGGGAAAGAGAAUGAAGAAGAGGCCUUGUUGAUGGAAAAUGAAGAAAUUCCUCAGGAAGAAGAAAAGCUCUUGCCAUCUGAACCAGAAUCACCCAGCGAAGUUGCAUCUGAAACCAGCGAGGUGGAAUCCUUCAUAGAAGAACAACCAGAAUCUUGGCAAUAUUUCACCAUAAAAUGGGCAAUUGUUGGCAUUGUCUGGCUUGCACUUUUCAUAGUUUUCUUGAAAAUCCAAUUCGGGGCAGUUUUCUUUGUGAUCUCAGUUUUAGUAGGAAUUUGUAUUAACACACGAACAAGGCCAAAAAAGAGAGGCGAAGUCUCUGCCUAUAGUGUGUUUAAUGAGAAUUGUGUCAGCAUAGAUGGCACUCUGAAAGCGGAGCAGUUUGAGAGGGAAAUACGGUAUGGUGCGGCCAGUGUGAGGUAAAUUUUAUAUUUACAGCAAAUAUAGGUGUACUCGGUCCCAAUUGAAUUGUGACUUGACUGGCUGUAAUCUCAAUUAUUAAUCUUCAGCCUUCUAUGUACAAUCAACUGCACAUCAAGCUAAUACUAAUUACUGUAUCUUCUAACGUAGUUGGAAUAAUUUAACAAAAUUUUCUAUUUUUUCAACAAAAUGUAGCCUAAUGUGCUGCCGAUUGUACUAUUUAUUAUACCAUUCCAUUAUGAAUAAAUGUGUGUCUAUUUUAAUAGGUGUCUAAAAUUAUCAUGAAACUUUUUAUAACUGUUCGGUCCCUUUUGGAAAACAGGUUUUAUCAGACUGACUGUCACUUCAAGUGAUGUAGUAUGAUUCUUGUAGGAUACGCUGCAGUUAUAGCUAUAUUAUUAACUUAUUAAGAAUAUGUAUGAAAU